AUGAUCAAGCAGAGCCCCAGACGCAUCAGCUUCGGCAUUCUUGUCCCCUCCUCUAACACGGUGUUAGAACCUCUUACACAACAAAUCGUCUCUCAACUGAGCAAUGUAUCGGUUCAUUUCUCGCGCUUUCGAGUGCUCAAAAUUGCCCUGGAUCCAGAUGCCCUGGCACAAUUCGACAAUAGCGCCAUCAUCGAGGCCGCCCGCCUGCUUGCGGAUGCCAAAGUCGACGUGAUCGGCUGGAGCGGGACCUCGUCAGGAUGGCUCGGCUUCGACGCGGAUGAGAAACUAUGCGAGGAGAUUACGGCCGCGACUGGCAUUCCCGCCACAACAUCAGUCCUCGGGCUCAACCGCCUCAUCAAGCGACUGGGAGUUAGAGAAAUGGGGCUGCUGACACCAUAUACCGACGACGUGCAAUCAGCCAUCAUAGAGAAUUAUCGCGGGUUUGGCGUGGACUGCUCGGUAGAGCAUCACCUGGGCCAAUCCGACAACCGAGGGUUUGCCCACGUCUCUGAGAAAACGCUUGAUGACGGUUUCUGGACGUUGGCACAGAGAGGAGCCGGAGUUGUCAGUGUGUUUUGCACCGGGCUCAAGGCGGCCCAGUUGGUAGACAGGUGGGAGGCCAAAACCGGUAUCACUGUGCUGGACACCAUUGCGACAGUCUUGUGGGACAUGGGUCGAAUUGCAGGAGUAGACACGAGCUCGAUUCAGGGAUGGGGGGUGCUGUUCCAAUACUGCUGA